AUGCAAGAAUUCAGUGGUCCCGUGAACGAGUACACCUUGAACCAGGUGAUAAAUAACCAGACGUCCGCGUCCAGCCGCAUGACCGUCAAGGAGUACAAGCGGAUCGGAGAGGGUGCGUUCGGUACCGUCGUCGAGGCGGUGUUAAAGUACGCCGACGGCUCCGAGGACUCCAAGACCUCCCAGGAAUGGAUUGGUCCGUUCGCCAUCAAGAGAGUGCCUGCGCAAACCGAAUACAAGUCCAGAGAGCUUGAGAUCUUGCGGGUGGUCAACCACCCCAACAUCGUCAGCUUGAGGUUCUUUUUCGACAAGGCCGGCUCCCUGAACGAUAAGACCGUGUACCAGAACUUGGUCAUGGAAUGCUUGCCCUCCAACUUGCAAAGUGAAAUCAAAUAUUAUAGACAGUCCAAGUACACCAUACCUUACCCCCACAUGAAAGCAUACACAUUCCAAUUGGCUAGAGCAAUGCUUUACUUGCACGGCUUUGGUAUCUCCCACAGAGACAUCAAGCCCUCCAACAUAUUGGUCGAUCCUGCUACCGUACAGUUGAAGAUUUGUGACUUCGGUAGUGCCAAAAAAUUAGAGCCAAAUCAACCGUCGGUUAGUUACAUUUGUUCAAGAUAUUAUAGAGCCCCUGAACUAAUUGUGGGCUGUUCACUUUACACUACAAAGAUUGAUAUUUGGGGAUUGGGUUGUGUUAUUGCGGAAAUGUUUUUGGGAAAGCCAAUUUUCCAGGGCCAGUCACCAGAAUUGCAGUUGAAAGAAAUCUCAAAAUUAUUGGGUCCCCCUCCAAACACAUUUUUCUUCAAUAGCAACCCAAAUUAUAGAGGUAACAUGUAUACCAACAAGCUCUUCAGUUGCACAGUGGAGGAAAGAUUCAAACAAAUCUUCAGCAACUCUCCACCGGAUGCGAUUGAUUUGUUAUCCAAGAUAUUAGUAUACGAUCCUGAGUCAAGAGCCAGUGCCAGAAAAGUGUUGGUCCACUCAUUUUUCCACGAGUUAAAGAGAAAGGAUUUCCAAGUCUUCCCAAGAGGCUCCUCCGAACCCAUUGUGUUGAAUUUGUUCAACUUUAGCGAGUAUGAAUUGGAGUUGCUUGGCCCCUUGAGAGAUGAAUUGCUAUCACCAAAUAAAUAA